AGUGCGGUGUUUGUCUACCCCGGACUGACGGGCGGCCUGGCGGUGAGCAGCGGCGGCGGCGGCGGCGGGGAAGAUGGCGGCGUCCUCCCUGGAGCAAAAGCUGUCCCGCCUGGAAGCCAAGCUGAAGCAGGAGAACCGCGAGGCCCGGAGGAGGAUCGACCUCAACCUAGAAAUAAGCCCCCAGCGGCCCAGGCCCAUUAUUGUGAUCACUCUAAGCCCUGCUCCUGCCCCGUCCCAGCGAGCAGCCCUGCAGCUCCCACUGGCAAACGACGGGGGCAGCCGUUCACCAUCCUCAGAGAGCUCCCCACAGCACCCUACACCCCCAACCCGGCCCCGCCACAUGCUGGGCCUGCCGCCAACCUUCUCCACACCCCGCAGUAUGGAGAGCAUCGAGAUUGACCAGAAGCUGCAGGAGAUCAUGAAGCAAACAGGGUACCUGACCAUCGGGGGCCAGCGUUACCAGGCAGAAAUCAAUGACUUGGAAAACCUGGGCGAGAUGGGCAGCGGUACCUGUGGUCAGGUGUGGAAGAUGCGCUUCCGGAAGACAGGCCACAUCAUUGCUGUCAAGCAAAUGCGGCGCUCGGGGAACAAGGAAGAGAAUAAGCGCAUCCUGAUGGACCUGGACGUGGUACUCAAGAGCCAUGACUGCCCCUACAUUGUUCAGUGUUUUGGCACCUUCAUCACCAACACGGACGUCUUCAUUGCCAUGGAGCUCAUGGGCACAUGUGCAGAGAAGCUGAAGAAACGAAUGCAGGGUCCCAUUCCAGAGCGCAUCCUGGGCAAGAUGACUGUGGCGAUCGUGAAAGCACUGUACUAUCUAAAGGAGAAGCAUGGUGUCAUCCAUCGUGACGUCAAACCCUCCAACAUCCUGCUAGAUGAGCGGGGCCAGAUCAAGCUCUGUGACUUUGGCAUCAGUGGCCGCCUUGUUGACUCCAAGGCCAAAACACGGAGUGCUGGCUGUGCUGCCUAUAUGGCUCCUGAGCGCAUCGACCCUCCAGACCCCACCAAGCCUGACUAUGACAUCCGAGCUGAUGUUUGGAGCCUGGGCAUCUCAUUGGUGGAGUUGGCAACGGGACAAUUUCCCUACAAGAACUGCAAGACGGACUUCGAGGUCCUCACCAAAGUCCUGCAGGAAGAGCCCCCACUCCUGCCUGGUCACAUGGGCUUCUCGGGGGACUUCCAGUCAUUUGUCAAAGACUGCCUUACUAAAGAUCACAGGAAGAGACCAAAGUAUAAUAAGCUACUUGAACACAGCUUCAUCAAGCACUAUGAGACACUCGAGGUGGAUGUCGCCUCCUGGUUCAAGGACGUCAUGGCAAAGACCGAGUCUCCAAGGACUAGUGGAGUCCUGAGCCAACACCACCUACCCUUCUUCAGGUAGCCUCAUGGCAGCGGCCAGCCCCAAAGGGGCCCAGGGGCAUGGCCACAGGCCCCCCCUUUCCCACCUGGCCAACCCAGCUGCCAUCAGGGGACCUGGGACCUGGACGGCUGCCGAGGGCUGAGGACAGAGAGUAGGGGGUACCAAUCCACCUCUGGCUCCCUACCUACCAGCUGUGGACAGAAGAGCAUGCUGGUUCCUAAUCCUUCCCACUCGGGUCAGCCAGCUGUGCGAACCCAACCCCACCCCGACAGACACUGUGAACAGAAGACAGCAGGCCAUGAGCAGACUCGCUAUUUAUUCAAUCGUAACCUCUGGACUGGGGUGGUCCCCAGGGGCUGAGAGAAAGCCCCUUGUCCCUCUCCUCCAAACUCCCAGUGUCUGUCCCCUCCACCUUCUCUCACACAUGAUUGCUCUCCAUCUUUCCUUCUGUCCCCUCCCUCUCUCCCUCUGUCCCUUCCUUGUUUCCUUAUCUCCUUCCCAGCCUCCUUUGCCUCUGUCCUAGCCUAAGCCUGGGCCCAGCCACUCCUACCCUUUAGUGGAAGCCCCAGGUCCACCCAGGCCUCCUCAAGUCUUUGCCCCAGGAUGACUUUGUGGGCAUUGUGACUGCAGCCAAACCGGUUGCUGUCUCUGUGUCUGUCUGUCUCUCUCUUUGAUCUCAGGGGGUCCUUUUUGGAGUUUAUUGUAUUUUAUUGUACUCGGUGGGGUGUGGGGGGGAGGGGCUUGUCCUCAUGGGGUGUGUCAGUACCUUCAGAAACUUUUACCAAAGUAAUGUUUAGCUGCUUGUGGUGGGCCCCCUCUCCUCCACUGCCCUCAGGCUUUGGGGUUUGGACUGCUUGCUGCUCUUUGUCAGUUCUGGCCUACGAGAGACCAGGCUCAACUGGUGGAUCCUCACAUGGGACUGGGGACUGGUUAUACAGUCCGGGGUUCAGUAAAAGACCUCAGGUGGUGCAAAGGGAGACCAAGGGGACUCCGCCACACAGAUGGCCUUCAGGGAAGGGAUGUGAGG